UCGAAACCAGCACAACGCACACCAUGUUGUUGAAUCAGUGCAAAAACCUCUUAUCAAUAUCCUUAUUGUUGGUCAGUGUCGUUGCUUCAGUGAAAGCGGGUGAAUUCGAUGCGAAAAAACAUGUGUCUUACGAAAUGUACUGUCGAUUUUCGAAUGAAACUACAACAACGACAUUACAUCAAAUCGACACGAGUAUUUUGCGAAACGAAAAUUUGGUGGUUGAAGGUCAAGGUGAUAAUAGAGUGCUGACUAGUAUUACAAAUUGCCGACUGAACUGGAAUCCAAAUCGACCGACUCGAAUAUUUAUCCAUGGAUACUACAGUGAUCGUGAUACAUUGAAGAAAUACGCCAAAGCAUACUUGGAACGAGACGAUUACAAUUUCAUUGCUAUCAAUUGGCUGCACGGGGCACAAACUAUCAACUAUGUCAAAGCACGGUAUAGAAUUUUAGAAGUUGGCAAAGCCGUAGCACGAUUCAUUGAAUACCUGGUCACAAUCGGAUUGAAUUUGGACGAUCUCACAUGCGUCGGGCAUUCGCUGGGUGCUCACACUUGCGGAAUUGUUGGCAAGAAUCUGAAAUCCGGGAAAUUGGCAAUCAUUUUUGCACUUGAUCCGGCGUUGCCACUGUUUCAUUUGAAAGAUCAAACCUGCAGGCUGCAUUAUGAUGACGCUAAAUACGUUCAAGUGAUUCACACGAGUGGAGGUUAUUUGGGUGUUAAACAUCCCAUCGGCCAUGCAGAUUUUUACCCAAAUUUUGGAUGUGUUCAACCUUUGUGCCGCAGUUUCAUUCCAUUUGCUGGUGAGAUUUGUUCGCACUCCCGUGUUCACGAUUUAUUCAUUGAGAGUUUAUCACGCGCAACACGAUUUUGGGCAACGAAAUGCACAUCCUAUGGCGAAAUAUAUGAAGAACGAUGCUCACGACAUGGAGAACGAGCACUGAUGGGCGGUGACAUUGAGAAUGAAGAGCGUCCUUUUGGCUUGUAUUACUUGCAAACCAAUGGAAAAUCACCGUUUUCAACGUUUCGCCUGCAGGAAGAUAUCGUGUUCCCAUGAAUAGAACAAGCAGUUGUUUCGAAUCAAGCACAAACUACUAUUGUUAUAAAUAGAUUUCGUUGUGGAUUCGAUAGACUCGCAGAAUUUCUAGAAUGAUGCAAAAUACGAAAACAAACAAACCGAUGAUGGUUUGUUGCACUCAAUGAAUUUAUUGAAUUUGUAAAUCAAUUGACGCUAAAUUAGUUUUGUGUAUUUCAAUGAUAACAAUUUUAUUUCCACACACUCAAUAGAUUGAUGUAUAUUAUUUGAAUGUUUAAUUGUCAAAUGGAAAUAUAAGCAGAUCGCAUAGAAUAAGAUACUAACGACGUGCAUAGACUAAGGGAGACUGUGUGUAUUUAAUAUUUGCCAGUUGACUUUUCAAAAUGUUCUAGACAAAGUGUCAUUAGGAGUGGAUUAGUUGAGAGGUCAAAAUAGCAACAUAAGAAAACAAUUAACAACUCAUUACUCAAAACCUAUUUAGAACUUCAGCGUUGAACCUGUAAAUUUACCUUAAAACGCCUCAACGCUAAAUUGAAAUGUUCGAUUCAAAUAUGUGAAUAUUUACAAAAAUGUUUUUGGAUAUACUUUAGAAAAUAUGUUUUUCAAUGCCAGUAAAUAUUCGAAUAAAUAAUUUUUCUCACUUAAA